AGAUGUCGAAAACUGGAUGGGGGCGGCGCAAUCAAUGGCAAAUAUAUUCCGUGGCGCGAGUUGACGAGAGAUGGCUCGAGGUCGCGGCAUGAGCUUUGAUUGUCUGACUCUUGGACACCUCCUGUCUCUCUCCUACGUCCUGCUUUCGCGCGACAAACGGCCAACCAACGGCCACACAAGCACUCCCUCCCCUUCCUUUGGCUGCCGUAGUGUGCCUGUCUCUCUUUCUCGUGUCUGGUCUAGCCAUUGGUUCUUUCCUUCUUUCCGCCUCCGAGUGUCUUGUUGCCGUACACUAUUGCGACUCGUCAGCACUUGCACCCUCGCUGUCUCAUCACCACAACCCACUCUCUUUCACUACGACUCGGCAUCAUAUCUCCCUCCCGUUCGCUGCUUCUAUCGGCGACCGUUUCUUCGCAACGACAUCUCCCGCGGACCGUUCCAUCUAUCAUCAGCCUCAAGCGCCCCUGUCGUGUUUUGACAAGACGGAAACAUCACAACCUCUUUCUUUCCUACUCACACGCAACUCUCGCCCAACUCUUGUUUGUGUUGUCGAAUCCCUGGUACCCGCUUUGACCACCACACGUCGCUGUUGUUCUGGAUUUCCCCUAUCCCUGGAACCCGCUCACUUCGACACGUCGCUCUUUUCUCACUCUCGCA